GAUCUUCUUAUCUCCUCCCCUUUCAGUUCACCAACCCUGUCUUCGGGAGAGAACUGAACUCAUACUCACCGUGACUAAGGAAGAAGGCAGAAUUUUCCAAAAGACAACGAACAUGGAGGCAAUGCAAAUAGCCGUGCCGGUAUUGGGCAUAGCGGCAGCCGCGGCUGUCACUUUCUAUGCCAUUAGCUUCGCGGAACUCCGUGAGAAAUCAUUCAGAGAUUUGGAAGAGUCGGAAUCUGAAGGCAGUGGGUUCGAAUCGAGUUUGAGCUCUAGGAAGAGAAGGGCCAGAAGAAAAGCAGCUGACAAGCAGAAAGACAAGGCGGCUUGAUCAUCUUAGAUUAAAGGGAUCUUCCUGAUUUCCUACAUAUGUGGUUUCUAAAUUGACUAUCUAGGCACUUCAGCCAUCUGCAAUUCUAUUUUUCUUUUUUUAAAUGGGUGCAUAGAAAUGAUUAUUUUUACUCCGAAAGAACAAUAAAAAUGCGCACGGCAUCCAUUGGAUGUCUCUAAUGAGACUCGAAUCAAGAGUCUCUUGAUUAUAUUA